AGGGCGGAGAGUCGAUUUCCAAUUGUGGAUGGGGUAGAUUACUGCUUUAGUCUGAUGCUACAUCAUCUCAUCUGACUCUGACAGAGGAUUCCCUUUGCGGGGAAGCAACCAACGAGCCUCCUGUGCAAAAUCAGCUCAGUCCAGCAGCAUGGAUUUUAACGUAAAAAAACUGGCUUGCGAUGCGGGGGUCUUUUUUACCAGGGCGGUGCAGUUCACAGAAGAGAAGUUGGGCCAGGCUGAGAAGACUGAGCUUGAUCCUCACCUUGAAAAUCUGAUCACUCGGGCAGACUGUACCAAGAAUUGGACUGAAAAGAUCUUGAGACAAACGGAAGUGCUCCUGCAGCCAAACCCAAUUGACCACACUGGUGCUCGAAUCGAGGAGUUUAUCUAUGACAAACUGGAGAAAAAGCUUCCUUCCAGGACAACCAAUGCAGAAUUGCUUGGCCAAUACAUGCUGGAUGCUGCCAAUGAAUUUGGCUCCGGUACACCUUACGGUAGUACCCUGAUUACUGUGGGUGAAUACCAGAAAAGACUGGGAACUGCUGAGCGAGAGUUCCUUCAAACAUCUGCCACUACAUUUCUCACUCCAUUACGUAACUUCCUGGAAGGAGACUGGAGGACUAUAUCAAAAGAGAGGCGAAUACUGGAGAAUCGCCGGCUGGAUCUUGACAUCUGCAAAGCACGUUUGAAAAAAGCUAAGCAGGCAGAGGUCAAAGCAGCAGCUGCACCUGAUUUUCAAGAGACAAGGCCUCGAAAUUAUGUUCUUUCUGCCAGUGCAUCAGCGCUCCUGAGUGAGGAAGUGGACAAAGCAGAGCAUGAGCUCCGUGUUGCACAAACUGAGUUUGACCGACAAGCUGAAGUCACCAGACUGCUGCUUGAGGGCAUUAGCAGCACCCAUCUAAACCACCAGCGUUGUUUGCAAGAUUUUGCGGAAGCCCAAGCCACCUACUAUGCUCAGUGUCAUCACUACAUGCAUGAAUUACAGAGGGAACUUAGUAGAUGUGCUAAUUCAGUUAGCGGCCCCCACCAGUCUGCUGCUUGUCCCAACCCUGUAUCUGCUGCAUUCCCAUCUGGACCAUCUUCACCUGGUACCAUAGUCCCCACCUCUUUGAGCAAUAAGCCCAAAACACUGGCUAUGGAACAAACCCAGCUUCCUAUUACAGGCACCAGAAAGGCCAAAGUACUGUAUGACUACGAUGCUCAUGAUUCAAGCGAGCUGUCCCUAUUGGCUGAUGAGCUUAUUACCGUCUACACUGUACCUGGCAUGGAUCCUGAUUGGCUGGUUGGAGAACGAGGCAAUGAAAAGGGAAAGGUCCCUGUCACCUACCUUGAACUGCUGAGCUAAUGGACCACAUAACAUUACAAACAUAAAAAUGCAAAAUGCUCUUUCUAUUGUCACUCUGUAUGUUAAUUUAGUGCACUUCAUUACUCCUACUUUGGCUGGUAUAUGAAACACAUUCAAACUUUCUGUGACUAUAAAGGCAGAAAUCGCAUAUGUGGCUUUAGCCAUAGAUUCAGUUCACAUGGAAUUGCAAAUGACGAUAGUAAUCUGUUUUAGCAAACCACCAUCGCUUUGCUAAUGUAUUCAUUUGCUAAUGUAUACAUUUUAUUUAUUCAUUUAAUUUUGGAAACAAGUCAGACCACCUACAGCUAAACAUUUACCAUGAAUGACCUUGUGGUGGCUUACAGUAAAUUUUUAGAUCCCUUUUACAAACAAUUUUUCGGGUUAGUUUGAAUGAAGUGUUCUCUAUGGUCACAAAUAAUAAGUAUGGUAUAAAUAAUAGCUAGAGGACUAGAUAAGUAAUAAAAUUCUGCAUUUGUCUAAUUAUUUUCUGGUAAAAACAAUUUUUGAUUAGUACAAGCACAUAAUUUCUGACAAAUUUAGUUUGAAUUUUGUCAAACCUUUGAAUUUGAGCAGACUUACUCUACAAAUAUUUUUAAAAAAUGCGUAAAACUGAAAGUCCACACCAACUUAUUGCAAACAUUCUUUGAACUGAAUCCAUAAGUGAUAUCUUAUUUCCAUGAAUCUUUUUAAGUUGGUCCAAUGAUUUUGAUACUUAAACAACAGGAAAAUAGAACAAUCUUCGUCAGAGGAGAGACAUUUUUCAAGAAUGUGAAACACAUGGGUUUUAAGCAAUUCGUCAUUCUACUUUAAUUUAUGACCACAUGUAUCAGAGAAGUUCCAUGACUGGUGUCACAUAAGAUACAUUUCACAAUUUCAAAUUACAAAAUUUUCCCUUUGAGGUGGCCAGGCUUCUCUGCCAAGCCUUCAUGUACCCCAGCAGGAAUUCUUUCCAUCUCAAUCUCAUUCAUAUUGACCCAUUUGAGCUGGGUUAAGAAGAAGAAAAAAAUAAAAUAAAAUCACACGCCGCCAGGUCUGGUGACUGGGGAGGUUGAUUCAGCAUGGCACUGUUCGUCUUGGCCUGGAACUGCUCAAAACUCAGGACAAUGUGAGCAAGCGUGUUGUCAUGGUGAGGAAACCAUGUGUUGUCCUACCACAAUUCUUGCCUUUUUCACUGAACAAAGUAAACACUGAAGGAACUCUUUGUCGACGGUGAAAACUCGUAGUUUGGGUUUUGUGACCUCAAUCCUGGACCUUUUUGAACACACCAUAGAUUGAGCACUGUUCUGAAAAUAUUAGAAUAAUAGUUAAGAAGAGAUAUCUAAUUGCGAUGGUGACUGCAUUCUGCUAGAUGUACCAUUUUAACUUAAAAAAUAAAUUUGAGUUCAGAGAAUUGUAUUGAUAACCAGCACUGUUUAGUACACAUGAAUUGCAAACUUUAUUCUAAGUUUGAAGUGAGCUGAAGUUUAUGAAAUAUAUGUGAUGAUAGUUAUCUGUGAUUGGUUUAUGUGCAAAAUUGAAAUUAGAAAUGACUUGUGAAAAGAUGUAAACUGCAGGUAGAGUACUGGUGUUCAUUAACAUGUAAUUGUUUUACAUGGAUUCCCCAAAAUAAUGUCACAAAUUUUCAGUAUGCAUGAACAGUUGUCAUGUAUGUAACAAUGUCUGUGCGUGGUGGGGGUUGGUAGUAUGCGUGCCUCAAUUCAGAAUUUUUCAUCAGUUUCUUUCUGCUGUUCAUGUUUUGAAUUUAAUGUUACGUCCACAGCCAAAACUAGUAAUGGCACUUGUUAACCUAGUUUUUGUCUGGCAUGGAGCACAAUAAACUUGCAUGAGUGGAACAGUAA